AUGAGAACGAUCUGGCUUCCAGCCCGGCGGCUGCCCUUCAGUCAAGAUGUCACAUGGAGCAUGGGAGUGCUCUGCCUCAUUUUGGGCCUGAACGUGCUCAGUAACGGUUUCGAUCUCUCGAUUUACAAUACAAUUCAGGCCAUGGACUCCUUUCAACAGCGAUUUGGAGACACAUGCGAUGCGAAAGGAGUCUGCCAAAUCAGUACCACAAGGCUCUCUCUAUUGAACUCGAUUCCCUUUCUUGCCUAUGCACUUGGUCUUCCAUUUGCCUCUACCAUCGGCGAAACUUUUGGGCGGCGGGUCGUCUACAUCCUGAUGAACCUCGUUUGUAUUGCAGGUGUCUCUGUCACAUACACGUCGCAGUCAUUUGGCCAGGUACUCGCAGGCCGCUGCAUUGUUCACAUUUACACGGGGAUGGAAAGCUGGCUUGUUCCCUUGUUCAUCGCCGAGGUCGUCCCAGCAAAGAUUCGCGGCAUGUUUGUUUCCGGCUACAUGAUCGGCCGCCUUCUCGGCACGAUUAUCAUUAGCUGUGUAUCGUUUUCCACGUCAACGUGGCCGGGCGACUCAUCCUGGAAGACGCCAAUCGCCGUGCUGUUUUCUAUUCCCAGUUUGAUGAUUCUCGUUACCGUAUUCGUCCCAGAGUCGCCCCGCUGGCUAUUGGUGAAGGAACGAUAUGAAGAGGCACUCGUGAAUCUUCAAGGGCUGAACGGCGGCAGAGCUGGCUUUGACGGCGAAACCGAACUUGCUACCAUGAAGGUCAACUUAGAGCAGGGCACAGAGAAAGGUUCCUGGGCGGACUUAUUUUGUGGCGAUAAUCUUAGGAGGACUACUAUUGCUUUGCUUCCACCUUUCUUCUCUCAAGCGACUGGCCAAGCGUUUGCCAAUGUCUACGGCACAAUCUUUUAUAAAAGUAUCGGCACCGUAAACCCCUUUGUCUUCACCAUUAUCUCUCAAUGCUCCGGGCUGAUCGGAUCCCUGUUGUUUAUGCUCUUGGUUGACCGAGUUGGUCGCCGCUUCUUUUGGAAAACCUUAGUGCCGCUGGGAGGUGUCUCCAUGAUGAUUCUUGGAGGGCUCGGAACCGUGCGAGAUCCGUCACAACCCGAGAAACUAGCUACAGCUUGCAUGCUGUCGCUGUUUGGGUUCUCUUUUCUAGGUUCUCUUGCACAGCUGGCCGCCAUCACCCCUGCUGAAGUUCCCUCGCCUCAUCUUCGCGGCAAAACUGCUCUGAUGGCGUGGACCGUGAACAAUUCUGCCAACUUCGUCGCCACCUUCACUUUGCCAUACCUUAUGAAUUCUGGUUAUGGUAACCUCGGACCCAAAGUGGGUUUUAUCUAUGGGUCGUUCAGUCUUAUCAGCGCUGUUUGGGGCUUCUUCUACUUCCCCGAGAUGAAGGGGAAGACUCUCGAAGAGGUGGACAUGAUGUUCCGCGCCAGAGUGCCUGCGAGGAAGAGUAGCUGUAAGCUAAUUAUCUUGCCCGAUAAACGAUGUUCGCCUUCGUAA